UGUGUGUGUGUGUGUGAGUGAGAGAGAGUGUGUGUGAGUGAGAGAGAGUGUGUGUGUGUGUGAGUGAGUGAGAGAGAGUGUGAGUGAGGGAGAGUGUGAGUGAGUGAGUGAGAGAGAGUGUGAGUGUGAGAGAGAGUGUGUGUGUGUGUGUGUGUGAGUGAGUGAGAGAGAGUGUGAGUGUGAGUGAGAGAGACCCAGAGCUGAUGUGAAACUCCUCUCCGUGUAAAGGUUAACGGAUGCUGCCUCCUGUGCGAUGGACGUCUCUCAGAUGACACCACUGUCCUCAGCCCCGACGCUCAGGGCAUGGUGAUCGCAGUCAGGUGGCGUUUUGCCGGAGCCGAGCGGGCCUGAGGAGGAGAGUCAGGAAGCAGAAGGCGUGAUCGAGGAAGAGAGAUACAGGGGGCGUGAGGACACCAUGGGCCAGUGUGUGAAUAAAUGUAAGAACCCCACAUCCUCUCUGGGCAGCAAAAGUGGCGAAAAGGAUGCUGGGAAGUCCCAUGGCAAAAAAGGAAGUGGAGGAGGAGGUGGGCCCAGAGAGGAGGCCAAAUUUCCUGCCGAUGUCAAUGGCACCAAGUCACCAGAGGUCACCACAGACACAUCUACGACCACGCACUUCUCUGAUGUGAGGAGGGAAGAGACUGCACAAGACGGAGAGGUGCUUUCGAUGGCUCGGAUAGAUGAGAUGUUUAUGCAUUAUAAGGACGAGCAUGAGGACGCCAUUUUGGAAGAAGGAAUGGAGCGUUUUUGUAACGACCUGCACGUGGACCCAGCCGAGUUCAAGGUCCUGGUGCUCGCCUGGAAGUUUCAGGCUGCCACCAUGUGCAAGUUCACAAGACAUGAGUUUGUGGAGGGCUGUAAGGCAAUCCGUGCUGAUUCUGUUCAGGGGAUCUCUCAACGUUUUUCAGCCAUGUUAGAUGAGUGUCGCUCUGAGGAGAACUUUAAGGACUUGUAUCGCUUCACGUUCCAGUUUGGGCUGGACUGCGGCGAGGGCCAGCGUUCGCUGCAGCGCUGCAUUGCCAUUGCCCUCUGGAGGCUGGUGUUCACACAGGACAUGCCGCCCGUGCUUGAUCGCUGGCUCCGUUUCCUGUCGGAGAACCCAUGUGGUGUGCGUGGCAUCUCACGCGACACCUGGAACAUGUUCCUCAACUUCACACAGAGCGUCGGGCCUGACUUAAGCAACUACAGUGAGGACGAGGCCUGGCCCAGUCUCUUUGACUCCUUUGUGGAAUGGGAGAACGACCGGCACAGGAGGGAACAGGAUCAGCAAGAGACAGAGGGAGAGAGUGGGAACACGGAAUUCACCACUGAGUCCGUGAAAUGAAUGAAACACCGGGCUGGGAGCGUACAGGAGAACACAGAGUCCCUGAGAGUGCAGCAUGAUGGGAAAACAUGGGGCAAGAACCGAUAACCACCCAGCGUGGGCCCCAAUCACCAAUCGGCAUGGCACCGCACAGCAUGAUGGGAAACUGUGAAGCACUGGGAUGGAUGUGAAGAGUAUUAUACACAGAACCCUUACUCCUAUGUGUGAUGAUCUGAAGCUAAUGGUCAUUUUUGGUCAUAUUUUUAGGCUUCACUGUAAACAUAACAGAUGUCUUCUGCUCCCUUUGACAUAUUUUAUCAAAAGGGCUCCAGAAAAACUAAAUUGUGUUUUUAGCACUUCUAUUUAAGUUAUUGUUUCUGUUUCUUUUAAAUUUUGCGGUAUUUUUUAAAAACUAGUUUUUAACUAUUCUCACACCGAGCAUCAGACGUGUCCCAGACGUCUGGCACCAUGGCAGCAGUGUGACCUUUGACCUUAUAUUGCUUAUAAAAGAAGGGAAAUCUGUUCAAUAUUUACACAAUGAUGUGAGGAUGAGGGAGAGAUCAGGGCAGGGCUUUAACGGUUAACUCCAGCACAUGGCAUCUUUCUCUUCUUCACCGUCUCUUUCUCUCUCGCUCUGGAACUGAACGCAGGUUUAUUUGCAGUUGAAGGUCAGCGUAUCUGCUCUGAUGUUUGCGCUUUACAGUUUUUCUCUUGCAGUGAUUUCAUUUUCUCUGGUUUUAUAUAAAGAUGCUGCAGUUUAUAACUAAUAAAAACGUGUGAAAUUGGGCAGUGGACCACA